CCACUAUCCCAAAGGCUGAAACUGGUUUGAGUUGACUCAGAGUGGGAUUUGUGAUCACCGGCCACAAGGCCAGCCACCGCAAUGGCCGCCGCCGCCGCCUCCAUCACCCCGCUUUCUAUCUCUAAGUCCAAAACCAAACCCAACAACGUUCCCUCCUUUAAACAACCGCCGCUGCCCGCCGCCGGCAAGAUUUCCUUGAAAUCCAGCCUAAGAAGACAGUCUUUACAGCUGGUGGGGUCGGUGGCGAACGAGUUUGAUGUCAUCCCCGUUCAGAGUGACGACAUAGUGGACCAGCAGGACGGCGUCGUUUGCAUCCAAAGAGAAGGGGAAGCGACGGAGGUGGAUCAGAUGGUUGGGGGGUUUGGAAGUGAGGCUUCGGGGAGAUUGUCGUUUGAAGGUGCAGCUGGGUUCUCGUCUGCUGCUUCUAGUGCAGGUGGACCGGGCUCUGGUGAUGGGAAGAGCCAGGAGGACAUGGAGAGGCUUGUUGAUAGGGCCAUUAAUGCUACUAUUGUGUUGGCUGCUGGAUCUUUUGCCAUCACCAAGCUCCUUACAAUUGAUCAUGAUUAUUGGCAUGGAUGGACCCUCUAUGAAAUAUUGAGAUAUGCUCCCCAACACAACUGGAGUGCAUAUGAGGAAGCUCUUAAAACAAACCCCGUCUUGGCAAAAAUGGUCAUAAGUGGAGUAGUUUAUUCCGUGGGGGACUGGAUUGCACAGUGCUAUGAAGGGAAGCCUCUGUUUGAGUUUGAUCGUGCACGCAUGUUCCGAUCUGGUCUACUCGGUUUUACAUUGCAUGGAUCCCUUUCUCAUUAUUACUACCAGUUCUGUGAGGCUUUAUUUCCUUUUGAUGAUUGGUGGGUGGUCCCUGCUAAAGUAGCCUUUGAUCAGACAGCAUGGUCUGCAGUUUGGAACAGCAUUUACUAUACACUUUUGGGAGUUCUUCGUCUUGAAUCUCCUCUCAGUAUCUUUAAUGAAUUGAAAGCUACAUUUUGGCCCAUGUUAACCGCGGGCUGGAAGCUUUGGCCUUUUGCUCAUCUGAUUACCUAUGGUGUGAUCCCCGUCGAGCAAAGGCUUCUUUGGGUUGAUUGCGUGGAACUCAUUUGGGUCACCAUACUUUCAACUUACUCAAACGAGAAAUCGGAAGCCAGAAUAUCUGAAGCACCAGUUGAAGCUAAUGCCACUCUGCCGUCAUCAAAAGGUCCAUCCGAGGUAUUCCAUGACUAAAAUUGUCCUAUAAAAUAUAUGGGAUUUCCUCUUUGGGUAAUUCUGAUAUGCUGCCCCGUUCCCUGGUUCACCUUAAAUGAAGGAGUAAAAGAACUGAAGAUCAAUGAUGAGAUCAUGAGAGAAAGAUGAGUUCUCCUAAUCCUUUAUUGCAAAGAGAGAACAAACACUCUCUAUAUGAAGGUGGGACGGGCUAUGUCGCAGGCGUUGUAAGGUAUUAAGGAAACAGAGACGGGUAGGUGUAAAUUUGUACAUUUCCGAGUAUUAUCUGUAACUUAGGCAAACAUCGCCUAUCAUUCAUGCGUGAAUGAAAAUAAUAUCGAAUAUUAACCCGUACAAGAGCUAAAGACUAUUGCAGUUCCAA